AGUCAGCCUCUCCAUACUAGUCAUCCACCCACCCAGCCCUCUACUGCUAUUCCUCCUGGCCAGGAGAAACUGAACGACGCAAAAAGAAAACUGUCCCUCCCAUUACUGUCCUCCGAGCAGAUACCAUUCAGACUGCAGCCGUUUAACAUAACUGAUGGUAGGAAUUUAAAUACCUUAGGGAGCAAAAGAGCUCAACUCGGGCAGGGCUUCGUCAGAAAGACGUCAUCCAGCCAACCACGUCCACAGUGUUUGCGACUCCUCAGAACUGCAGCAGCCGGAGCCGAAGCUUCAGCUCAUCUCCCGCACAAUACAACCCCCCACUUCACCACCGACGUCCCCACCCCCCGCUUAGUCUGCCCCGGGAUUAUUUUUAAUAAAGAUUCUAAUUAAUAAACUAAGCCGUUGGACCAGAAGAGGCGGAAAUCUGUGCGCUACGUUCUUCAGCACCAGGGAUAGAGCAAGGAUCGACAUGGCUCCGGUUGUGGAGAGCGGGGCUGGCAUUGAUGGUGUGCCUGCUCUUAUAGGGAUAGCCAGCGCGUUUGCCCUGAUAUUUACGAUGUCCAUGUUUGCAUGGAUCUGCUGUCAACGCAAGUCUUCAAAAGCUAAUAAAACCCCUCCAUAUAAAUUCGUGCACAUGCUGAAGGGAGUCGACAUUUACCCUGAGAAUCUUAGCAACAAAAAGAAAUUCGGAGCCGAUGACAAAUCGGAUCCUAAAGACAAGGAGUCAUCAAAAGCCAAACUGCCAAAGAACUCGCUCCACUUAGAUCUGGAGAGCCGUGAUCAGAAUGGAAAUUUCACCAAAACUCCCGGCAAAGUCCGGAGUUCCCCAGAAAUCGAGAGCGUGCACCCCAAGACCUUCUCAGAAGGCGAGAAAGACAGUAUAUCAUCCGAGAACUCCAUCUCGGAAAAGUCACUGGCACCCUCUGAAGAGGAAAACAAUGAACCCAAACUGGGAUCUUUGAUGUUCUCCUUAAUGUACAACUUCGACAAGAAGGCGUUGCUUGUCAACAUUAUAGAGGCUCACGGUCUGCCAGCCAUGGACGAGCAGUCAAUGACGUCUGAUCCUUACAUUAAAAUGUCAAUCUUGCCUGACAAAAAACACCGAGUGAAAACUCGCGUCCUCAGGAAAACCCUGGACCCAGCUUUUGACGAAACGUUCACAUUUUACGGCAUUCCCUACAGCCAAGUGCAGGAACUGUCCCUUCAUUUCCUGGUGCUGAGUUUUGACCGUUUUUCCAGAGACGACGUCAUUGGCGAGGUUCUGGUGCCAAUGGCGGGAAUCAAUCUCUCAGAAGGCAAAGUGCAGAUGAACAGGGACAUCACGAGGAGAAACUGUCGGAAAUCAGUGGGUCGUGGAGAAUUAUUAGUGUCCCUUUGCUAUCAAUCUACCACCAACACCCUGACUGUUGUUGUAUUAAAAGCUCGCCAUCUGCCGAGAAAUGAUGUGUCUGGAUUAUCAGCUGCUGACCCUUAUGUGAAAGUCAACUUGUACCAUGAUAAGAAGCGAAUAUCAAAGAAAAAGACCCACGUAAAGAAGUGCACUCUAAAUCCAGUGUUUAAUGAGCUCUUUGUCUUUGACAUCCCAUGUGAGGGGAUUGACAACAUAAGUGUCGAGUUUCUGGUCAUCGAUUUUGACAGAAUGAUGAAGAACGAAAUUAUUGGGCGCCUAGUGCUGGGGAACUCAGUAGAAGGGACAGUAGGAGAGCAUUGGAGGGAGAUCUGUGAGCAUCCAAGGCGACAAAUUGCCAAAUGGCAUUGCCUGAGUGAUGGUUAGCAUCCAAAUGGAGGGUUGGACUUUAUUGUUUGAUAGGCAAGGAACAAGCUGUGCAUUAACCAACCCAAAGCCUUUCUGAAGAAUUUUCAAUUUAUACUAAGUAUACAUAAUUUGUACAUCUGAUUGUGGUAAAUAUUGUGAUCUGUACUGUAUAAGAUGAAGUGGAUUUGCUCUCUUGUUUGCUAACAAUUUUAAGAAAUUCAAGGUAGCUAGUAGAAUGGGUAGGCAUGUAUGUCCGCAUUUUGUGUGGCUGUUCACAUUAGGGAGUUUGUUUCUGGGGAUUAAACUUUUAGGAUGUAAGUGUGAAAGGAGUAUUUAGAAUUUGAAGAUACCUUUUGCAAUGGAAACCGAUAACAUUUUGAGUGAACUGAGGGUAUUUGAAGUAAAGCCAUUCUAAUGUUUGUAGCUCAAACAGUUGAAAAUGAAGCAGAUUAUGUGUUGCCUUAAUGUUAAAGUAUAUUGGAGGAGAAGAGUCCAGGUAGCGCAAUGGCAUUGUGCUGCCUAAAGCGGCUAAGUGAAACUCUUCUCCAUUGGCUAUUGUCAAAGGAAGAGCCAAUUUCCAGUCACCAGUAAUCCAAUAUGCAACAUACCACAAUAUUUGAGAUCAAGUCAUCAUUAUCAUCCAAUAAGACCACAGGUACAGAUGGAUAUAUUGUUGAUGUGGCAUCGAUAAAAAACUCAUAUUUUUGCAGUGGGACAUACUUACCUAACAUUGAAGUAAAGAUAAUGUGAGUGAACAUCUCAGUAAAUUUAAAUGCAUUUGACCUGAUAUCAGUGUUCAAUACCUAAUAUCAAAUGGUGUUCUAAUUAUAUGGUGGGUCUAAAAUUUCUCCUUGCAAGGAGCACAGUAUUUACCAAAAACAUUUGUUUUCAAUGAAUUGAGAUGUCAUGAAUGACUGACAAAGUGAAGAAUGGUAAAUCAUACUGAGAGAAUGCAGUCACAUCCAUUUUCAGCUUUUAAAUAUGCUAGCAUUUAUCAAUUUUGAUACUUUGUUCUAGGCAUAUAUAUAAAUAGUGCCAUCUACUUAGCAGCUGUAACUGGGGAACAGUUGCAUACCAAAACCACAAUAUUGCUCAUUUCAUUGCAAAAUCUUUUUCUUUCCUAUUUUAUGAUGCCAUGGAAAUAAAUAAUUUUUAAAAGUGGUUAAUAUUGAUGUAGCUAAAACUCAUUACAUCUGCUAGAAGGCUUAUUCAACAAAGAAAAAAAGUUUUUUCUUGCUUUUGCCAAAGCUUUCAUAGCACUGCAAAGUGAAUUAAGUACACAUUGAAGAGUUUUGGCACAUGGCCUAGUAUAUCCUAAGGAGGCUGACCCAGAGACCCACAGGGAACAAAACUGAAGGAAAGGUAGUCAGCACCAUAGUCAGGAUAUAUUUAUUUCCCACUGCAUUCCAUAUAUUUUAUUCUCCUCAAUCAUAUUUCUAUCUUAAAAACAUCCAUGUUUCAAAGAGAAAGAGUACAGAUAAUGGAGCAGUUUUAAUGACAUCAGAAUGUUUUUCACUGUAUAGAAUUGUGACAAAUCCUCUCCAAUAUUUCUUCCAGAUAGUGCCAAUAUAUUUGAGGUAAGUGACGUUUUGAGUUCAGAGCAAAUUCCUUUGAAAGGUAGGCCAAUGAAUGAAAGGAAUAACAAUGUUUUGCCUACCCUUUUAUAGCUUCAGGUUGAACAUGUUGUCAUAAAUAUGAUCUCAUUUUGUUCUAAUCAGAAACUACAGUUUACAGUCAUCCAACUUGUGUAAAUCAUGCUGUAAAUGCAUUGUGAACCAUGCAUUUAUUAUGCAUGUUGCUUUAAACUAAUCUCAGUGACAGGUGUAGGAGAGCUUGUAAUAUAUUUAAUGAUUAAGUGUACCAUUGAUGCAACCCUAAAAGAUGCAGGAAUGGAAUGUGAUUUAAAAAUCAUUAGUUACUAUAAAGUAAACUAGACAGAUUGUGAAAGAAGUGAUUAUAGCUUUCAGAAUGCUAUUUGAUCUCAAAUGUCAAUGCAUUUAGUGAAUUGGAUUUUUUUCUGUCACUGAUCCUUAUAGUUCCAGGAAAAAUCAUUGCUUGAAACAUUAAUGAGCACUCAGUACCAUUAUUGAUUUCUUCAUUUUGAAUCUUAAUGGAUCAAAUUCAAAGUCACCAUAUGUUGUCAUUUAUGUUUACUAUAUAUGGCUUCCAUCCUAUUGUUAUGUUUAGCAUUAUAUGUUUGUGUUCUGUUUUAAGAGAAAAAAAGGGCUCCAAAUAUUUUUAAGCUGCUUUUUGGCAUGCACACUGCCAGAGACCAAAUUUCUUAUCUUUUGAUGGACAGAUCAACCCAGGCUCAGUUUGGAGAUUAGGAAUACUUUGUGAAAAGGUAGGGUAACGUUAUAUGCAUUUUGUAGAACAAACAUAGAGAGAAAUCAUAGAUAAGUAUACUUUUGUAGUAUAGGAGUAAGUGGUUGUGUUUACAAUUGUUCAGAUGAACAUUUUAGCACAGAUGAAUUUGGCUUGGUAAAAUUGAACUGUUCAAACUGAAUCUGAGGCAUGCAUAAAGAAAGAAAUGUUAUCAUAUUCCAGCCAUCUGGAAAUAUAUCACAAUAUGCUGAAGACCUCAUGCUGGCAUGCCUAUUCAUUACUAUGCAGGACGGGAUUAAAAGUCUCACCACAUGGGAAAAGAUAAGUCUGCCUGAAGCCGCAUCAGUAAUCACAAGUUCUAUUGGCAUUUGUGCAAUUUAAGGGAUUUCUGUUAUUUUUGUAGUUUCUACUGUUUUAAUGUGCAAGUUAAAAUGUAAUCAAGCUAGAGCUUGAAAUCAAAAUUAUUGUUAUCUGUUAAAUCAAUUUCCUUCAAAUGACACAGAUCUAUAAAUAAAAGUAUAAUUUUGGCAAAAAGUAUUUAUGUUCAGAGCAGUAAUGUGCUGCUAAGUCUUCAAUCAACAUAUUGAAGAACUUAUUAACUCAGCAAAAUCAUAGAGCAGCCACUUAUAAAAACUAGUUAGAGAAACUGAAAACCUAUCUUAGUUUUGGACCUGAAAAUGUGUUUACAAUUUAUUUCAAUUUGAGUUCACUUUUCAAGCCUGCAUUACAUACUUUUUACCCCAAUGGAAUAGAAAUUUUUGCAUCAUCAGAUUUUCAGUUCACAUUUUUCAGAGCAUUGCAAUUGCAGCUGUAAUUUUUGUAAAAUAGUUUUGAAUAAUUCUGGAAGAUGUAACUGUCUGUGGUUUGAAAUGCUGAUGUGCCGCAAAUUACUUACUCAAGAACUCCAGCAGUAAAUGGUUACAAAGUUAUAUAUAACUAUACGGUGUAAAUCUGUAUACGUAAUAAGUUUUGUAUGUUGCAUUACAACGUGUUUACAAUCAAUUAAUUGAAAGAAUGCGCACAUUCACAUAUUGUGGUAGUAAUGUAAAUUACUGGCAACAAUUGUAUUUAAUAAUUUGUGCUGUUGAUGUAUGAUUAUGGUGCACAAGUUUUUUUCAAUCAAAACUUUAAAAAAUUGUUGAGAAAAUUUUGCCAUUCAGCUGCGGUCUUGUACCCUUGUAUUUUGUGUGUGUUUAAAAAAAAGAAUAAAGCACUA